AUGGAGGUGCCCUGGCUGCUGGUGGUGCACGGGUCAGUGACGGCGCUGGUGGUGGUGUCGUUCCUCUGCGGGCAAUGGCCCAUCUUCGAGGGCACCUUCAUCCAGAGCAUCAACCACUUCCUCACCUUUGGAGCCUACCACUACCUCCUGCGGUUUGUGCAGUCUGUGUGCGGUACUGGGGCUAGGGAUCUCGUCCUCGGCGUUGAGCGAUACUGCUGCGACCGACCCAACCCGAUAUUGCAGGUAUUUUAUGUUGCCAUAAUUGGGGUGACAUAUUUUAUAAUAGUGCAGACAUCUUUCGAGUACAUUCCUGGGUAUUAUGUGAGUGGAUUGCACAGAUAUCUGAGUGUUGUGGCUGUGGCUGUUGGUGCUAUACUCUUUGUGCUUACUAGCUUUUCUGAUCCUGGGACUGUUACUGCUGAGAAUGUUUCUCAAUAUGUAUCUUCCUACCCAUAUGACAACGUUAUUUUUGUGGAGAAAGAAUGUUCAACUUGCAAGAUUACUAGACCAGCCAGGGCAAAGCACUGUAGAAUAUGUGACAAGUGUGUUGCUCGAUUCGAUCACCAUUGUGGAUGGAUGAAUAAUUGCAUUGGGGAGAAAAAUACUCGCUAUUUUGUGGCCUUUUUAGUUUGGCAUUUUCUUAUAUGUCUGUACGGGGCAAUACUCCUUGGCUUCAUUCUUGCUGGUGAAUUAAAAGAGCGGAAAAUUAUAUACAUUAUGACAGUUUAUUAUGGUAUCGAUAACUCAUUCUCGGGCUUGUUUCCACAUGUUGCACAGUGGUUGCUUGCUGUGCAUAACACUCAGAUACUUUUGAGUGUAUUUUUGGCUAUAUUAGCACUGCUCCUUGGUGGCUUCUGUGCUUACCAUACACACCUUUGUUUGACAAAUACAACAACCAACGAGACAUUCAAAUGGCAAGACUAUAUCAUGUGGAUGAAAAAAGAAAACGAAGCGAAGGCGGCGGCUGCUGCACUCAAGUCCAGCAUAGGCUCAGCCAAUAGUAAUGAACACAAAGCUCCUCCAAGCAAAUGGAGGGCGUUCUUCAUGAGAUCCCGAUCACCAAGUGUGGAACCAGUUGUGAAAAACAACAUAUAUGACAGAGGCAUGAUUACAAACUUGUGCGAGGUGGUCGUCCCUUUAUCGGAACGGAAGGCAUUUUCACGCAGGAAAUUGGAUUGA